AUGUCCUUCGCCCCGCCCGUCGGGGUCGCCGCCCGCGUCGACAACAUCCCCGCCUUCGGCCUGGGCAGGGGCGCGGUUGACCUCGCUGCGCAGCGGCUCCCGGUGAAAUUCUGGGCUCGCGGGCUGCUGGCCCGCGAGAUCGAGCUCGCCUCGCUGGGCGCCGACGUCUCGGGCCCCAGCCUCAGGGGCGGCAGGGCUCAGCGACGGGCGCCGGAGGGCCUCGAGUGGCAGUCGGGCGGCGGGCUGAUCGAGCCCGACAGGCUGCGGCAGGGCGUUCUUGGCAGCGGCCGCGGGCCCCUGCAGAAUUUGGCGGGGCGCGGCGCGGUUGUCGCGCCGCCGGUGCUGCUGGGGGCCCGCCUUCCGCCCGCCGCGAGGGGGGUGGCGCGCGGGGCUGCUGUCCGCGUCGGCACGGGCGAGACGUCGGGCCGGGCUGGCGGCGACGGCCUCGGGCGGGGGGCGGGCCCUCCCAGCGCGGCGCUGCUGGAGCAGCUUGCCGCGCGCCCGAACGCCGAGACGCCCUCGCCACUUGCUGCGUCGGGCGCCAACGUGGCUGGAGCAGCGCGGGCCAGCGGGACAGGUGGGGGCGCUGUCGCCGAGAGCUUCUCGGGCGAUGCCGAGGCGCAGAGGCUCGCGACCGACGGCGUCGCGCUGCCCUCGGUGAUGGCUGGCGCCGCCCAUCAGUUCUGGAGCUUGUUGCUCCGCCUGCCGGCCGUGGAGACGGCCUUUCUGCGCGAGCUGCAGGACGCGGCGCUGAAGGUCUUCGAGCUCGGCGCGAUCGUUGAGCAAAUCCUUUGCCUGCGGCUCGAGGCGGCGGCUCCGGUUCGUGAUCGCCUCGGGCGCCGCUUCGUGGCUGCGGUCGAGCGCGGGGCACUGCGCUGGCGCCGUGUCGCGCUCGGGCUGUUCAUCGCCUCGGGGCGCCUCGCUGCCGCGGCCCGGCAGCUGUGGUCCCUCGCCCAGCCCAUGGGCGUCGACGCUUUGUUAACUUGCGAGGCCGCAUUUUUGGUCACGGGCGACGCAUUGCGGCGGAACCUAGAGAAGCGCCGGGCUGCAGAUGAUGCAAGCACAGAGCGCUGGUCUGGCCUGCGCAUAGUAGACCGCUGCGUCAGGCAGGAGAAGUGGGACGCGUCCAUGCGCGGCAAGCAGCUCCUGCCCUUCUACAAGGUGGGAGCGCCCCCGCCCGCCGGCCAGGACAGCGUGCUCAUCGGCGUGCUCUGCGCGAGGCCCGGCGCCCCCGGCAGGGACGCGAGGGGCGAGAGGUGCGCCGAGCUGCUGCUGACGGACCUGGCCGCCGGGGAGUCGCGGCAGGCCUCGCUGGUGCUCUACGCCGGAGCGCUGGAGCACUGGGCCACGGACGCCGGGGCGGGCUUCCGGCACGCCACCGUGGGCUCGAUCCUGGCGGUGCUCAACCCCUCGCCGGCGGUGCGCGGCAGGGGCGUGCGGGUCAGCUUCGAGACGCAGGUCGUGAAGCUGGGCGCCUGCCCGUCGCUGGCCUUCUGCCCCGCGCUGGGCGCCGAGGGCCUCCCCUGCGGCCUGCCGCACAGCUCGGAGGGCGGGCAGGGCUACUGCGGGUUCCACGCGAGGGUGGAUGCGGCAUGGAUGCCGGUGUCCGCCGACGACACCCUCGACACUGCCGAGCCCCUCUCCCCCUCGGGGGCCGGGCGGCGGCGCCGGCGCCUCGUCGCCGCGCGCCUGGCGCUGUGUGCCGCGGCGGCCGCCGCCUGCGCGGCGGCGGCCCUGCGGGCGAGCGGGCCGAGCGAGGCCACCGUGGCGGACCUGAGGGGCAGCGUGGGCUUCGCGGUCCCCGAGGCGGACCGCCAGGCGGCGAGGCGGGAGGCGUGGAUGGGCCUCGACUGCGACGGGGCGGGCGGCGACUGCACGCUCAGGUCAGAGGUGCGCCACCGGCUGGAGGCGGCCCUGGCGCUCGCCAGCAGCACCUCGGCCGCCCCGCAGUCCAGGCUGCCGGCGGGCGCCGCCUCUUCUGGCGUGGCGCCGCUGACCAGCAUCUCGGGCCCUCGAGGACCCGUCUUUGAUCGUCGCUCGCAUCGCAACUGGGCCACCUGCCGUCCGGAGUGCACUCCGGGCCCAGACCCGACGGACGCCAACGGGGACCCGUGGACCUGCGUGGAGCUGGGCCCGCGGUCGGAGGGCGAGGCCCCGCCGCAGGAGCCGCGGCCCAAGGCCGACUGGGUGGACCGGCUGUGCUCGGCGAACGGCGAGGACUGCAGCGAGUCCAUGUGCUGCAAGGAGGCCGGGAACCAGUGCUUCAAGAAGGACAGCAGGUGGGCCACAUGCAGGAGCGACUGCCUGCCGGGGCCGCUCCUGACGGACGUCAACAGCGACCCCUGGAGCUGCCUGCCCCUCGGCUCCCGCACGCCUGGCAAUGCGGCGCGACCGGCGCCGGUGCCGGUGCCGAAGUGGGUCGCCACGGAGUGCAGCGGCCCGGGGAAGGACUGCAGCAAGACGCACUGCUGCUCCCAAUCGGGCGCGCAGUGCUUCGAGAAGGAGGCGGGGUCGUGGGCCGCGUGCAAGGUGGCAUGCGAGCCAGGUCAGCCCGACCCCGAGGACACGAACGACGCCCCGUGGACGUGCGCCAGGCUGGGCCCUCGCACUGGCGAGGCCUCGUGGCACGAGACCUCCCUGUACUGCUUCUCGAUCAUCCGGGACUCUGGCUACGAGCCCGAGCUGAUCAGAGCCCAGCUUCCUCUCGGGGCUGGCAUUUUCGGGUGCGACGAGUACGGCCUGUACUCUACUGGCUCCGCCGUGCUCGGCGAAGACGUUUUCGGCCCAGUGGUCAGCACCCCGUUCCCCGGGGCAGAGGUGGGCACCAGCAAGGACGGUACGGCGGCCAACACCAGGCUUUUCCUCAACGCUUGGGAGGCGGUGAACAAAGACGGUCGCUUGUGGAAUCACGACUGGACGGUGAAAGUGGACCCCGAUGCCGUGCUACUACCCGACAGGCUUCGUGUCCGACUCAAGCCGCUCACUGGCAGCAAUUCGUACAUUGUCAAUUGCGACAAACCUGGAAUGGCACCCAUGAUGUUCGGGUCUGUGGAGGUAUUUUCCUUCCAGGCGAUGCAGACCUUCUUUAGAGAUGGCAUGUCCUGCAGGAACAACAUGCCGAUCGACUCCUGGGGCGAGGACCUCUUCAUUGGAGAGUGCCUGAAGACGCUGGGCACCAGCGCCGUAGACGACUUCUCGAUGGUCCAGGACGGCGUGUGCAAGGGUGUCUUCUGCGGGGACAUGUCUGCCGCUGUGUUCCACCCCUUCAAGACGAUGGACGGGUGGAUGGACUGCUACAAGCAGACUCAGAGGUGA